UAGUAUUGUGACAGCGUGAGGCUCAGCAGCGGGCGGAACACUGCACACUGCCACGACUGGCGGGCGGCCUCUGGAAUUAUUUGCACUGUGUCAUUACUUUAUAGGUGUUCAAGAUGGCGAAGAUUACUGUAAUCUGGAUGACGGUGUGGGCAAGCUCGUCUUUCGCUGCAACGACACAAGUAGAUUUCCUCUCGAGCGCGAUGCAGGGAAUUUGUGUGACCAUGAGCCCCUUGACCACCUACCAUAUGCACACUGCUUCCAACACUCUCUGCGCCAUGCUGUGUGCUCGGAAAGGGGCACCGAAGUUCGCUUUUACCAGCGGCAACACGUGUAUCCUGUACGGCGAGGGUCGCGUCCUUAACUCGUUCACUCACACCUUCCUCACCCUGCCGCCUCCAGACUCCCUGGAGGACGUGGCUACGGGAAAGAACGCGCGUGGGAGCAGCGUUUAUGAAUACAAGUACAUUCCGUCCAAGGCUGUGGACAUCGAGACGGACGAGACGAAGAAUACCAUGUACCACUCUCAAAGAGAAAAAAAACCCUGGUGGCUCCUGGACCUUGGCGAGAUUCGCACCAUUCAUGCCGUGGAAAUAAUCUCUCGCCAGGAUUGUUGCCCUGAGAGGCUACACGAUGUUGAGAUUCGUGUGGGUAACUACUCAUCGACAGACUUCUCUCACUAUACUCUUUUCUCGACGUAUGCUGGUCCUUACUCUGUCGACCAGGGCCGCCUUUCCUGCGUCAAAGCCGAUGGUGUCAGCGGCAGGUUCGUUGCCAUCCUGAAGGUCAAGCAACCCCCUAUCCCAACUCCACUGCAGCUAGUUGACGUUAACGUGCUCGUUCGGAAGUGGUGAGAAAAUCUCUGCACAGUCUUUUCUCUUGCCUCCUUAAACAUUACGAAGUCAUGAGGAAAUUUUUGGGCUGAGUCGUUAUAUCAUGCCCCCUUAAACAUUUGGAAGUAAUGAGGAAAUUUCUGACCUGAGUUGUUUCACAUGCCUCC